UCCCCGCCCCCGCCCCCGGCUCCUCAGCAUGUCAUCACUCAACACGCUCUUCCGUGUGACGACCUUUGGCGAGUCGCACGGCGACGCGGUUGGCUGUGUAAUCGAUGGGGUGCCGCCCGGGCUGCUGAUCCCGGCCGCCGCCGUGCAGCGGCAACUUGACCGCCGGCGCCCCGGCCAGAGCCAUCUCGUCACCCCGCGCAAUGAGCCGGACCGGGUGCGCAUCCUCAGCGGGCUGGACCCCCUGACCGGACGGUCGCUCGGCACCCCGUUGGCCAUGAUGAUCGACAACCAGGACGCCCGGCCGCAGGACUACCAGGCCUUCCUGGCGGUGCAUUCCCCGGCCACGGCCGCGCCCGAGGCCGAGCAUGCCCCUUCACGGCCGGCAGGCAGCGCCGAGCCGGCCUCGCGCGACGCGGCCCCCCGGCCCUCGCAUGCGGACUACACAUACCGGUGCAAGUAUGCCGUGCCGCACAGCCCGGCAUCGGCCGCGCACCAGGACCAGCUGUUUGCCGGGCUGGCCGAGGCCGACCGGCUGGCCGCCGGCGCCGAUGUCCCGGCCGAUGGGGCCCUCCUGGCCGAGCGCCAGGCCCUGCGCCAAAGCCUGGCCAGCAGCCCGUGGGCCUUCCUGCCGAGUGCCUCGGGCGGGGGCCGGGCGUCGGCUCGCGAAACGGCCGCGCGCGUGGCCGCCGGCGCCGUGGCCGACCUCUGGCUGGCCGGCGCCUUCGGUGUCGAGGUGGUUGCAUAUGUGGAGGCAGUUGGCCGGGUGGCCAUGCCGCGUCACCCGGCCGGGGCCGCAUGCAGCGAGGAUGCCUGUGCCGCCGGCACCGAGCCCGGCGAUCCGGGCCUCGAGUCCGAUGCCUGCGAAGAUGACCACCACCACCACCACCACCACCAGCAGCAGCAGCAGCAGCAGCAGCAGCAGCAGCAGCAGCAGCAGCAGCAGCAGCAGCAGCAGCAGCACGAGCCGGCUCACAGCGCGGAGGGCUGUUGGUUCACCCGGGCCCAGGUGGACGCCCAUCCCGUCCGGUGCCCCUGCCCGUACUGGGCCCGGCGCAUGGAGGCCGCCAUCGCCGAGUCCCAGGCACGCGGGGACUCGGUCGGCGCGCGGCUGGCCGUCCGGGUGCGCGGCCUCCCGGCCGGCUGGGGCGAGCCGGUGUUCGACCGGCUGCCCGCGCGGCUGGCCCACGCGGCCCUCUCGCUGCCGGCCGCCCGGGGCUUUGCCAUGGGCCGGGAUGGCUGGCACCGGGCGGUCCAAUCGCACGGCAGCCGCUGGAAUGACCCCUUCGCGGCGGCCGGCCCGUUUGAGCGCCCGGUUGCCGGGCGUGGCCCGAUUGUGCCCCUGGUCCCGGCCACCAAUCAAAGCGCCGGGUCCCAGGGCGGGCUGACCACCGGCCUGCCGCUGUCCUUCCGCGUGGCCAUGCGACCGCCAUCCACCAUUGCCCGGGCCCAGCGGACGGCCGACUGGGCCGGGGCCCUGCGCGAGGUCGCCGGGGCCGGGCGCCACGACCCGUGCGUCGGCCCGCGCGCGGUCCCCAUCCUCGAGGCCAUGACGUCCCUGGUGCUGGCGGACCUGGCACUUAUCCAGCUGAGCCGGCAGGCCGCCUCGCGGGCCUAUUUCGACUCGCCACUGAGCGUGGCACACGCUGGACCGGCGGCGCUACUGACGCUGCGCGAACUGGACCCGGGCCCGGGCGCCGAGCAGGUGUUCCCCCCGGCGCGCGAUUGAGGCCAGCCGGGUGUCCCUCUGUCUCCGAGCAUGCGGGGACCGCCCAUGUGCAUGUGCAUGUAUAUAUUUGUGAGGUCACACGUUGGAGUGGGGUGGGGUGGGGAGGGGAGGGGGGGGGGGGCGAGGCUGGGGCCGAGGCGCCGGGGGGGAUGGGGG